GGCGGUUAAGAAAUAUUUAUUUUCCUAAAACUUUAUUACAAUUAAUAAUAUUCACAUACACACAUAUUCGAUAAGGAAUGGAAACCGGUGUUCAGAUAAAUACUUUUUACGUUUCCCAAAAAAUUUCAAAAAUCAGAUGGAUUCCUGAGCCCUUGGGACCACCAAAGAAAUUUAUUACUGGUAGUUGGGACAAUGCUGGAAAAAAUGCCAUUAAGCUUUGGAAGCUUGUUAAAAAUGUGUAUUUUAAAAAUGAAAACGAGUUUGUUCCUAAAUGUGCUGAUAAAUUUUCUGUCAAAGAAGAUAUAACAGACGUCGUAAUUAUUAAUUCCGAAAAGUUUUUGUUUUCUUCUGACGAUGGUCAUGUUCGUCUUAUGCAUAUUAACGACCUCAAAGAUGAUGCGCAAAUUAUUGAACAAGAAAAAUCUGAAACCCUUCAUAAAAAUCAAUUUAAUAAACCCAGCAGUUGUACAGGAAUUUCCGUUUUUGAUAAAAGUGUGGCAUCAAUAGGAGAAGAUGGGAGAGUUAAUAUUUUAAAUCUUAAUAACUUAAAGAAACAUUAUCAAUUACAACAAAAUGACGAUAGUUCUUUAACAGCAUUAUCAUUUAUUACCCUUGCCGAAUUAUUGGUUGCCAAUAGAAUGGGUAUAAUAAAAGUUCUGGAUACUCGAACAAAAAAUUUAAAUAACCCCCUUAACUUGAUUGUCUCCCUAGAAAAUGAGAAUCGGUCAAAUAUCGCAACAAGUUUAUGUUGGCACCCUACUCAAAAACAUAUUAUAUUCGCUGGUACAGAGGAAGGUUCAAUUACUAUUUGGGAUCUUAGACAACCAAAUUUUCCAGCGUCAUAUUUAAGUGCACACAGUAGCUCAAUAACAGAAAUAAAUUUUGACCGAUCCCAACACACAAAACUGUACACGACAUCUGAGAAUGGCGAAAUGUGGCAGUGGAAUCAAAAUAGUUCUCUUGAUUUACAAUUAAGCUCAACAAAUUUGUCUGACAUGUCGGAAAUUAAUCCAUGGUUAAAUGGUGAAAGAACGAAGUCAAAAAUAAAUGUUACAUCAGUCAUAUCUGGAGUAGGUAAAGCAAUAAAUUCUUUCGAUGCUGUGAAUUCUAAAAUCAUAUGUGGAUGCGAUAGCGAAGCUAUUUAUCAUAUUGACAACAUUCUAGAGAAUAACACAAAUUAACAAUGAAAAUAAA